AAUGACAUAUAAAAAAUAUAUAAACAACCAAUCUGCACCAAAUAAUAAUACUUCCUCUAGUAGUUCCAUUCCAAAAAUAAAGUCACCUAUAAAAAAAAAUGGCCAUGUUGAAAAAUUAAAGCAAAUAGAUAAAAUUGGCAGAAAUUUGAUAUCACAUAAGCCCAGAAUUUUAAAUGAUGUUAAAUCAUCAUUAUCAAAUAGAGGAAUCUAUAAAAAAACAAGCAUCGUAUCAAAAAACAACAAUAAUCUAAAGGGAAACAUUCGUGUUUUUUGCAGAGUUCGUCCACAAACUUCCGCAGAAAAAGAUGAUCCUCUCACCGAAAUCAAGUACCCAGAAAGUUAUGAUAAUAAAAAAAUAGUGAUUGGUUCAGUUGUAAAAAAUUAUCUUAGAAUGAGCAGGAAUGUUUACAAGGAAUAUGAAUUUGAUUAUGUUUUCAAAUCUGAUAGUACUCAAGAACAAGUAUAUGCUGAGAUUGCUCAUGUUGUUCAAUCAGUAGUUGAUGGGUAUAAUUGUUGUAUAUUUGCUUAUGGUCAAACUGGUGCAGGAAAAACUUAUACAAUGCAAGGUUCCAAUACUCCUGAAAGUGAGGGUAUGAUCACCAGAGCAUUUAGACACAUCUUUAGUCUUGUCAAUGAAUUGAAAUCUCAGGGCUGGAAUUAUACAAUUGAAGGUCAAUUUAUUGAAAUAUAUAAUGAUAAUGUUUAUGAUUUACUUAAGAUUCCACGUGGAAAAUUCAAGGAUAUAAAGAUAACGCAUGACAUUGAAAAAGGUUCGACAAGAAUUGCUAAUGUAAAAACAGUACUUGAAUCGGCAACAAAGCAUCGUUCUGUUGCUUCUACAAAAAUGAAUAAUAAUUCUUCAAGAAGUCAUAGCAUCUUCAUGAUUCAUAUUGAAGGUUUAAAUUUGAUUACAAAUGAAACACGAUCAGGUUCUCUGAACCUUAUUGAUCUAGCAGGUUCAGAAAAAAUAUCGACAUAUGAUUCAACAGGAGAUCUUCAAACUGAAACAAUAUAUAUUAAUAAAAGUCUCAGUAGUUUAAAAACCGUUAUACAAAACAUCAAGGAAAGUACAAGUCAUAUCAAUUAUCGCGAUUCUAUUUUAACUUAUGUCUUAAAAAACUCAUUAGGUGGAAAUGCCAAGGUAUUAAUGCUAGUUAACAUUUCUCCAAUAAAAUCAUCUCAAGCAGAAACUGAAAGCAGUUUGGAGUUUGGACGUGUUGCAAAAGCUGCUCACAUUGGUAUUGCAAAAAAGGUUAAAACCUAA